GCGCGCUGCUUCCCCGCGCGAAGCUCUGGUCUCCCCCUUGGCUCCCGAGCCCGAACAGUUGGCGCUGAAAACACUUUCCUCCUCUUCCUCCUUGCGCGUGAGCCCUCCCACCCUCUCCGCGCGCCGCCUCCCGCCUCCCGCAGCAGGCCGGGAGAGUGACCACCCCAAACGCGGCGAGAAGCGGCUCCCAACUCUUAGGCGGGAGCAGGUUGGAGGAGGCUGGAUUUCGGAGAGUCUCUGGAUUGGGGUCCGCCGCCAGCCCCUCCUCGUGGAUCCAGCUUCAUUUUCAUAUUAAAAGAGGAUUUUCUCAUUACCUUUGAUUACUACAUUUUACAAAAUUUCUGGAGGAGCUCGGUGGGAAAGACUUUGGGGUAUCAUAUUUUAAGAAUAAAAAACAUUGAAGGGACAUUUAUUAAUUUUUCUUGGGUUUUGGAAUCACCCUCUGGACGAAAGAGCGAGCGAUCGAGAGCGAGGAGGGAAGAGCGGAGAGGACCCGCGAGGCGCGCCAGCCGGAGCCCCCUCCUUCCCGGCCACCCCCUCCCCGCUCCCCCAGCACACACUCGCUCGCCUGCUCGUCGGCGCGCGCACACCCCCCGCGCCGGACCCGCACCUCGGCGGGCGCCACACACUCGGCAGCCCGAGCCUCGGCAGCCGCAGCGGGAUGGAGGCGGCGCGCACCGAGCGCCCUGCAGGCUGGCCCGGGGCGCCCCUCGCCCGGACGGGGCUCCUGCUUCUGUCGACGUGGGUUCUGGCUGGCGCCGAGAUCACUUGGGGCGCGACGGGUGGUCCUGGGCGCCCCGCGGCCCCGGCUUCGCGUCCGCCGGCUCUGCCUCCUCUUACGCCGCGGUCGUUGGCAAGCCAGUGGCCAGAGGAGCCGGGGACGGCGCGGAGGGACGCCGCGCUGGGGCACCGGUCCGGACCCGAGCCUCUACCCCAGCCAGGCGGCGGUAGAGGAGGAAAGAAGCAAGGAGAAGCCGCGGGGCCAUCGCCCGCAGGCGCGCGGUGGGAACAGGACAUCCUUGCUCCUGGCAAGUCAGGCGGCGCGAGGAGGAGUCGCCGGGCGCAGCCCCCGAGUGCCCUGGAACGCGGGAACAGCUGGGCCACUGCCUUGGCCGAUGGUUCCAGAGGAAACCGCCAUGUGGCCAAAGGUCUCCGGGAGGAGGUGAAGGCGCCGCGGGCCGGGGGGGCGGCGGCCGAAGAGCUCCUGCUGCCCAGCACCUCGUUCGCGCUGACCGGGGACUCGGCCCACAACCAAGCCAUGGUGCACUGGUCGGGACACAACAGCAGCGUCAUACUUAUCCUGACGAAGCUCUAUGACUUCAACCUGGGGAGUGUGACGGAGAGUUCCUUGUGGAGAUCAACGGAUUACGGCACCACCUAUGAAAAGCUGAAUGACAAAGUAGGUCUUAAGACUGUCCUCAGUUACCUCUACGUCAACCCCACCAAUAAAAGGAAGAUCAUGCUUCUUAGUGAUCCUGAAAUGGAGAGUAGCAUAUUGAUCAGCUCAGACGAAGGGGCAACUUAUCAGAAGUACCGGCUCACCUUCUACAUCCAGAGCCUGCUCUUUCAUCCCAAGCAAGAGGACUGGGUGCUAGCCUACAGUCUGGAUCAAAAGAUCAAGGCAUCAGCGAGGCUUGGGAAAAGAUGGGAAAUACCACAAGAAGCAGUGAUAGAAAACAGAUUCUACAUGUCAGUGGCCGGACUGGAUAAGGAGGCAGACCUCGUGCACAUGGAGGUGCGGACCACGGAUGGAUAUGCUCACUACCUCACCUGCAGGAUCCAAGAAUGUGCUGAGACGACUCGGAGUGGGCCUUUUGCCCGUUCUAUUGACAUCAGUUCCCUGGUUGUCCAGGAUGAAUACAUCUUCAUUCAGGUAACAACUGGGGGCAGAGCCAGCUACUACGUGUCCUAUCGAAGAGAGGCCUUCACUCAGAUAAAGCUGCCCAAGUACUCGCUGCCGAAGGACAUGCAUAUCAUCAGUACUGAUGAGAACCAAGUGUUUGCAGCCGUCCAAGAAUGGAACCAGAAUGACACCUACAACCUUUACAUCUCAGACACACGUGGAAUCUACUUCACUCUGGCCAUGGAAAACAUUAAGAGCACCCGAGGUCUAAUGGGAAACAUCAUUAUUGAAUUGUAUGAGGUAGCAGGUAUCAAAGGGAUAUUCCUGGCAAACAAGAAGGUGGAUGACCAAGUGAAGACAUACAUCACUUACAACAAGGGCAGGGAUUGGCGCCUUCUGCAAGCUCCAGAUGUGGACCUGAGAGGAAGCCUGGCGCACUGCCUGCUGCCCUUUUGCUCCUUACACCUGCACUUACAGCUCUCUGAAAACCCGUAUUCCUCAGGAAGAAUAUCUAGCAAGGCAACAGCCCCAGGACUUGUGGUGGCUACAGGCAACAUUGGCCCGGAGCUCUCAUAUACUGAUAUUGGUGUGUUCAUCUCUUCUGAUGGGGGCAACACCUGGAGACAGAUCUUUGAUGAAGAGUACAAUGUCUGGUUCCUAGACUGGGGUGGCGCCCUCGUGGCCAUGAAACACACACCUCUGCCAGUCAGGCAUUUGUGGGUGAGUUUUGACGAGGGCCACUCCUGGGACCAGUACGGUUUCACGUCGGUUCCUCUCUUUGUUGACGGGGCUCUUGUGGAGGCAGGAGUGGAGACCCAGAUCAUGACAGUUUUUGGCCACUUCAGUCUCCGCUCUGAAUGGCAGUUGGUGAAAGUGGACUACAGAUCUAUCUUCAGCAGGCACUGCACCAAGGAGGACUACCAGACCUGGCACCUGCUCAAUCAGGGGGAGCCAUGUGUCAUGGGCGAAAGGAAAAUAUUCAAAAAACGCAGACCAGGAGCUCAGUGUGCCCUGGGCCGAGUCUCCUCGGGAACGGUGGUGUCAGAACCCUGUGCCUGUGCUGAUUGGGACUUCGAGUGUGACUAUGGCUAUGAGAGACAUGGAGACAGCCAGUGUGUCCCAGCUUUCUGGUAUAAUCCAGCAUCCCCGUCAAAAGACUGCAGCCUUGGUCAAAGCUACCUUAACAGCACUGGGUACCGGCGGAUUGUGUCCAACAACUGCACAGACGGGCUGAGGGAGAAGUACACUGCCAAGGCCCAGAUGUGCCCUGGCAAAGCUCCCCGGGGCCUCCACGUGCUGACGACCGACGGACGCCUGGUGGCAGAGCAGGGGCACAACGCAACCUUCGUCAUUCUCAUGGAGGAGGGUGAUCUCCAAAGGACAAACAUCCAGCUUGACUUUGGGGAUGGGAUCGCCGUGUCCUAUGCUAACUUCAGCCCCAUCGAGGAUGGCGUCAAGCACGUGUACAAGAGUGCAGGGAUCUUCCAGGUGACAGCCUAUGCAGAGAACAGCCUGGGCUCAGACACAGCCGUCCUCUUCCUGCACGUGGUUUGUCCUGUGGAACAUGUUCAUCUCCGAGUUCCAUUUGUCGCCAUAAGAAAUAAGGAGGUCAACAUCAGUGCGGUUGUGUGGCCCAGUCAACUGGGGACCCUUACGUAUUUCUGGUGGUUUGGCAACAGCACGAAGCCCCUCAUCACCUUGGACAGCAGCAUUUCCUUUACAUUCCUUGCGGAGGGAACCAACACCAUCACUGUCCAGGUGGCUGCUGGGAAUGCCCUCAUCCAGGACACUAAAGAUAUCGCAGUUCAUGAGUACUUCCAGUCCCAGCUCUUGUCAUUCUCUCCUAAUCUGGAUUACCACAACCCCGACAUUCCUGAGUGGAGGCACGAUAUUGGCAACGUCAUCAAGCGUGCUCUGGUCAAAGUAACCAAUGUCCCGGAAGACCAGAUCCUAGUUGCUGUGUUCCCUGGCCUCCCUACUUCGGCAGAGCUCUUCAUCUUGCCCCCCAGGAACUUGACAGAGAGGAGGAAAGGCAAUGAAGGAGACCUGGAACAAAUUGUAGAGAUCCUAUUUAAUGCUCUAAACCAAAACUUGGUCCAGUUUGAGUUGAAGCCGGGGGUUCACGUCAUCGUGUAUGUCACUCAGCUGACACUAGCCCCCCUGGUGGACUCCAGCGCUGGGCACAGCAGCUCAGCCAUGCUUAUGCUCUUGUCCGUGGUAUUUGUUGGCCUGGCUGUGUUUUUGAUCUACAAGUUUAAAAGGAAAAUCCCUUGGAUUAACAUCUAUGCUCAAGUCCAACACGACAAGGAGCAGGAGAUGAUUGGGUCAGUGAGCCAAAGUGAAAAUGCCCCCAAAAUCACACUCAGUGACUUCACCGAGCCUGAGGAACUGCUGGACAAAGAGCUGGACACCCGGGUCAUAGGAGGCAUUGCCACUAUUGCCAACAGCGAAAGCACAAAGGAGAUCCCUAACUGCACUAGUGUUUAAUCCCGACCGGCCGCGUGGUCAACCAUCUUUUUGACUUUUUAUUUUUGAUGACUACUAUUACUGUUACUACAGAAAAAUGAAAAUGUCUUUUUUACCUUUGUUUACCAAGGGCCCCUUCAUAAAUAGCAGGCAGAUGCUUAGCUUUGGGAGACAAAGGCUUUCUUGGCUGAUUAAAAUGAAACAAAAAGAAUAGAUGGCUGUAUUUGUGCUAAGGGCAAAUGAUGCAUCUUCCCAUGGCCUUCUUGCUUUAUUCUGCCAUCAGUAGUGCAAGGACUCUCCUUUUCCUUGUGGUCUCUCUUUUUAAGUUGGGUUGACUUUUAAAUAACCUCCCAUCCCCCCAAUAUCAAUAACAAUCCCCAGUCCCAGCAUACACACCUGAAACACAAACCAUUUCUCAGUUAGAUCUGCAGGAGGUAGGUUGGUGGGGAGUGAACGUAGCUGGAGAAAGCGUGCACACCUUUAGGAGAGAGGCCCUGCCUCAUGCAUGUCAAUAGCGAGGCUACAGAUGGCUUAUUGUAUAUAAUUACAAUGUAAAUAGCUUUUUAUUUCCCGAGAAAUAAUUUAAUGUUUAGUAAAAAAGAAAACAGGAAAAAGAAAGAUGCGUGUGUUGGCUUAUGCACUCACCGUCAGAGCUGACCGACCCCCAGGCCUGCUUGACUGGGGUUCUAGAUGCUCUCCAGUUGUCUGUCACACUUAACUCUUGCAUCUUUGUGUCCAUGACAUAGCUGGUUUCUACUUUUGUACAUAAAGGAGGACAGGGGGAGGGCUUCUGUGGGACAGUUAGAAAAGGAAGGACUCUAGUGAUAUCACAGAACAUCGGGUCUUUUUGUUCCAUCCUGGAAGAAGUUGUAAGAUGAAGCCCGCUAGAGACUUCAAACCCAGAUAGGGAAACAAGGAUUCUGCUCCAAAAGGAGAAAAGUGGAGGAUAUUUACUAGACUGAGAAAAUGGUUUUCUCUAAAGAAGUCAGGCAAUGGAUCUGAAAAUGACAAUUAUUCUGUUUUCCGGUUGGAUUUCGUAGAAAUGUAUAAUGCUUAUGGAGAAUUCUUGGGCUAUUCUUGGAUCAGAGAAGUUACUUAGGCACUAGGUUAAGCCUAGUGAGUGCCUCUUGGCAUGGGAGGGGUCAGAGAGGUUGGGAAGGAGGGGGCAUUUGUGGACUCAUGAGUCCAUACAAGCCAUGCAGGCUGAACAGGGCUUUCUUAGCUGAUUAAAAUGAGACAAAGAGAAUAGAUGGCUGUAUUUGUGCUAAGGGCAAAGAAUGCAUCUUCCCAUGGCCUAGCCUUUAAUGAUAUUAGUCAAAGAAGAUUCUAGCAAAGCUGUGCUAUUUGCUUGUCAGAUGUACACAACUUCCUUAAAGUGAAAUGCCUGCCUUCAGUUCCCUUAAGAUAGUUCUUACCUCUGCGGCGAGUGGCUUUCAAAGCCAGAAUUCUGUGUUCCAGCAUCCCAGCCCCUUCACCCAUAUAUAUUACACACAUCACCUCUUUUCAGUAGGUUCACUUUAAGCCAUGCUAUAAGCAUUGCUUUAUUUUUGGGCUUAGCCUGAGCACACCUGUUUUAAAAAAUGAUAUACUGUAUAUAUAUAUGGGAGGAAAGACUGAAUUUUGUACCUGUUCAUUUUUGUGGGUUAUUGUUAGCAUUCUUCUCUCUGAGACACUGAGAGAAUGUGACCUAGAGAAACCUGGCUACAGCAUAGAUCCGGGUUAGGAGUAUUUCUAAAGAUACCACUUUUUUGUUUCAAGGGUUAAAUGGGGCAGACAAUGGCAAUACUUGUACUAAACACUGGAAUACAAAUGCAUGAGUCAUAUCUAUAUAUACAGUAUAUGUACAUAUACUGUUCUUGAUUUUAUUGUUCCAUUUGAAUAUUUCUACUGUAAAAAAAAAAGACAGUGGUUUUGAAAUUGUUGAAAAUAAAUGUAUUUUUGUACAUCAA